AUGGAGCAUCAAGAUGAAGACCUUGCUCAGAUCGCAGGAGCUAUGGGACUUGGUGGAGCACGGCAAGCAGUUCAUCAUACUAUCUUUUCACGAAUUGCAGCAGCAACCACAUUAAAGCAGGCAUGGUCAAUUCUACAAAAGGAGUUUCUAGGAGAUUCAAAGGUCAUGACAGUGAAAUUGCAAUCUCUAAGACGUGAUUUUGAAACUCUACUCAUGACGAAUGGCGAAUCAAUUGCUAAUUUUUUGUCAAGAUCAAUGACAAUAGUCAGUCAGAUGCGUACCUAUGGAGAGAAAAUUUCAAACGAAACAAUUGUUGCAAAGGUGUUGAGAAACUUGACUCCAAAGUUUGACCAUGUGGUGGCCGCCAUAGAAGAAGCUAAGGAUCUAUCCAUACUCUCCGUUGAUGAACUGAUGGACUCGCUUCAGGCUCAUGAGGCAAGAAUCAAUAGAGCAUCAGAAAGGAACGAAGAAAAGGCACUACAAGUGAAGGAGACAACCAAUAACGAAAGAGAAAAUAUUCAUUUAGCAGGUAGAAGUCGUGGAAGAGGAGGAUUUCGCAACUUCCAUGGUGGUCGUGAUAACAGGUGGAGAAGUGAUGGACAGAGACAAUUCAAUGAACAAAGGAAUGUCAUACAACGUUACCAUUGUAGAAGGUAUGGGCACACAAAAUUUGAUUGUUGGUAUAAAAAUCAACGAAUGAAUUUUACAACAGAGAAUGAAGAAGAAGAAGAAAAGCUGUUUGUGGCGUGCAUGGAUACUAAUCCGAAAAAAAGUAACUUAUGGAUUGUUGAUAGCAGAUGCUCGAACCAUAUGACAGGCACCAAAUCCUUAUUCAAAGAGUUUGAUGAGACGUAA